AGUAUGUCAUGAUCAUUGCUGUCAGUGACCCAAACCUUCUUCAGAGGUUUCAAAUUUGGGAUGCUAAGAAACAUGUGGGAAGAAGACGGUGAACGUGUCACUCAUGUUCCCAUUCCGGUUUCCAGUGAGGUUCUACAUCCUAGUAGGAAAACAUUGCAACAGUUACGUCUCUUGAAGAAAAAGGCUAAAAAUGACAUUAUUACUGCUGACCUGAUUGCUAAGAAGCAAGAUGUCAAAAUGAGGAUGGAAAGGGUGGCUGACUGCAGAGAGGAACUUCAAGAAAAAGAUCAGAAUAACAGGGCUCAGGCUCAUGGAUUCCAAAUUUAUCUCCGAGAAUGUGAUCAUAAAAAGAAACGUGCACUUGCAAAAUACAAGAUUGAACAAACAAACAAUGCACUGAAGAGGAAAGAAAUACAUACCUUGAAAAGAGAGCUUCAAAAACUGAAAGUAAGACAACAGGAACUACAGAAGAAGAUAGCCAAAUAUAAAAGUUACGAACAUUUUUUGAAAAAAAUUGUCAACCUGUUGCCACCAGACUUUUGGGGGUAUCAGGAAGAUUCUGCAGUUAAAACCCUCACACAAAGGCAUAAGACCCUGUUCUCUAUCAAUCAGAACUUGAAGAAUCAUUUGCUCAGCCAAGAAAAAAACAUUGAGAUAAUUCAUCAUAAAAGUGCUGCCACACAAGAAGAACAUAACACCAUGAGAUAUGUGUUGAUUAGCAAAGUUUCUGAGCUCCAAUCAAAGUACAAUGCACUGAAGGAAAGAAACAUGGGGCUGAUUAAUUAUAUUGAUAAUAAAGAAGCCAUCACAAGUCAACGUACUCGAGAAUUAAGCCGGAUGCUGGCAGGAAUCUCCAACAUGGCAGAGCGAUGCUAUAUGAAGCAUUAUGGUCCUUUGGGAGAAAUGACUUUCCAGUCCAAGCUGGAUAUGAUCCAAGUAGGAAUUCAUUUAUGAGAAAACGGAGAUGAAAAAAAAAAUGUUGAAGCCAGAAUAUAAAAGUUCAUCCAGACUUUUUAAGAUCUGACUUCAAAACCAAAGAAAUGGUAACAAAUGAGGGCAAUAUAUAAAGCCCGUCCUGCAAAGAGACAUGAAAUAAAAGAUUGCAUUGCAUGGGCACUUAGAA